CAGAAAAACAGAUCUGCUGAUGGACUCCAGCUUUCCAUCAUGGUCUUCUCCAAGUUUUCAGUCAUCCUGCAGGACUCGCCUCAGAUGUCUGUAGGAGGUACACAUGCUGUUGGGAACGGUUCAUCGUGUUGGUGGAACUUGUUCAUCGUGUUGGUGGGAGAGGUUCAUCGUGUUGGUGGAACUGGUUCAUCGUGUUGGUGGGAAAGGUUCAUUGUGUUGGUGGAACUGGUUCAUCGUGUUGGUGGAACUGGCUCAUCAUGUUGGUGGGAAGGGUUCUUCGUGUUGGUGGGAACGGUUCAUCUCUUUGGUGGGAACAGUCCUUCGUGUUGGUGGGAAUGGUUCUUCUUGUUGGUGGAACUGGUUUAUCGUGUUGGUGGGAAGGGUUCAUCGAUUUGGUGGGACUGGUUCAUCUUGUUGGUAGGAAUCUUUGUUCGUGUUUGUGGGAAUGGUUCAUCGUGAUGGUGGGAAUGGUUCUUCUUUUUGGUGGGAACAGUUCUUCGUGUUGGUGGGAACGGUUCUUUUUGUUGGUGGAAACGGUUCUUCGUGUUGGUGGAAAUGGUUCAUCUUUUUGGUGGAAAUGGUUCUUCUUUUUGGUGGGAAAGGUUCAUCGUUUUGGUGGAACUGGUUCGUCGAUUUGGUGGAACUGGUUCAUCUUGCUAGUGGAAAUGUUUGUUCGUGUUUGUGGGAAUGGUUCUUCUUUUUGGUGGGAACUGUUCAUCAGGUUGGUGGGAACGGUUCAUCUUCUUGGUGGGAAGGGUUCUUCUUGUUGGUGGGAAUGGUUCAUCGUCUUGGUGGAACUGGUUCAUUGUGUUGGUGGAAACGGUUCAUCUUUUUGGUGGGAACUGUUCAUCAGGUUGGUGGGAACGGUUCAUCUUCUUGGUGGGAAGGGUUCUUCUUGUUGGUGGGAAUGGUUCAUCCUUUUGGUGAAACUGGUUCAUCGUGUUGGUGGGAACGGUUCAUCGAUUUGUUGGAACUGGUUCAUCCUGUUGGUGGGAAUGUUUGUUCGUGUUUGUGGGAAUGGUUCUUCGUGCUGGUGGGAACUGUUCAUCAGGUUGGUGGGAAAGGUUCUUCUUGUUGGUGGGAACGUUUCAUCGUGUUGGUGGGAAUGUUUUUUCUUGUUGGUGGGAACGGUUCUUCGUGUUGUUGGGAACGGUUCAUCGUUUUGGUGGAACUGGUUCUUCGUGUUGGUGGGAACGGUUAAUCAUGUUGGUGGGAACAUUGUAGGUGUUGUUUGGAACUGGACAAGGUUUUCUGCUCUUUCAAGGUGUUUUUUAUGGCAGUAUUUGAUGGUUUUAAAGUGCGAUGGAAACAGCUUUUGGAGUUAUUACUGAUUAGUUGUUUCUGCUUCUACAGAAGAAACUAAAAGUUCUGUAGAAUCCUUACAGACCUCUGCAUAUUGAACCAAAACCUUGUGAAGAGAAAAUAUUGAUCAUACGGCCUUGAUGGGGUUUACCAGAUAAUAGGAUCCAUCAGGUUACAAACAAACCUGAUCUGUUGGAAGCUGGUGAGUCACAGCUGAGACAACGGUUUGGUAUGAGGGUCUGAGAGACUUGGACCGGGUCCAGACUGUGAUGAUCAGACAGUCAGGCUAGGAUCUCCAAGACUGCUGCUGUUGUCUGACAAUUCUGGUCUGCAGUGGUCAGAACCAACUGAAACUGUUCC